AUGAUGAGGCCAGGAUUUUUCGUUUCUUUGUUCAUGUUUGCUGCUGUGACAGCUGGGAGUUUCCUUUUCUUGGGGGGAUCAUCAUCGAACCUAACUCCCUCCCUCCGUCGUCGGUCCCAAGAAACUGGUGAAGAAGAACAACUGCAAGGAGCAGCCCUUCACUUUCGGGAUGUGAAUUCCCUAUCACCGUCGCUCGCUUCCUAUCUUAUCUUUACUGUCUUUGACUCGGACGAAGAGAAGCAAAUCAAGAGAGAACGCUUUCAGCAGAUGGUGAGAUAUCAUACCCCAAUGACACCCUGCUUGCACAAAAGUUUCUACGGCAUGAUCGGGUUCUUCAAUCCUUCCUUGACCAAGGGCAUGUCGGACGAAGAAAAGGCGCAAAUGGUAAUGUUUUAUCCGGAUCCUCAAGGAGGAGGGAAUUAA